AUGACAUCCAAUCACCGCAUUUCAACAACAAAGUAAGUUUAAGAGGGAACAGCCGCAAAUAGAGGAAAAAGCAUAUAAGCAGGCGAGGCUGUGACCCAUUAUUCUUUCACUGACCAACAACCAGUAACCGGUAAGUGAAUCCGAAUUAUCUGUGCUUUCUCUCUCCCUCUCCCUCGAACUUCUCCCUGCCCCGUUUCUCAAACACAGCCGUAUGAAAGGCUACUCUCUUAAUUAGUAUGCCGCCGGACGUUUACCUGGUGACUAAUUUAUUAAGAAUGGUCUAGAAAUCCUCCUAAAAUAUGCGGUUGCGUAGUAAAUGUUUACCUCAUAUUUAACCAUAAAUAAAUUCAACUAGAUAUCAUACACCGAUGUACUUAGUGACCAAACAACAGAAGUUAUAAACAGCAUUUCUUCCACCUUUCAGCUUGGACAAAAAAAUGUUCGCCAAAAUCGCUUUCAUUAGCGUUCUCAGUUGUCUGAACGCCAUGGCGGCUAAGCAUUCCGAGUUUCCGCAGUGGGAUCUAACACCGUGGGUAGUAUCAAGCAUCCCCAAUAAUAUCACUCUCCCCUGCGUGCACGACGAAUACUACCCAUUCAAUUCACUUAAGUCGGCUGCAAAGAAGACGGUCUGGAUUCUCCCAAAAGAGACUGGCUACCUGCACCUGGCUCCGGGCAGUACGGCAGAAGGCUGGACCGCUCAAGACGAGGCCCUCUACAUCCGUAAAGACCUCUUCAAUGUUCCCGGCGUGGCUGACGGCAUGUACGUCUGCGCCGUACUCGCCAAGGUGCCCAACUCAACUGACCUCUUCUCCUGGUACUACCUUCGAUGGGGGGUCGGGCUCUACUCCAGUGUGCCAGCUAUGAAUCCUGGUGGUAUUGAACGGUAAGCACUCGUCUACUUUGUUUAUUUACUAAGUUAUCCGACAGUAUUUUGGCUUUUUGUCCUGUCAUCCCAAACCAUGUGUCGUAAUAGCCAAGCUCACUGAUAGAGAAUAGACUAUUUGCGACAGAUCAUAGAGCCUACAACUAAUGAUGUGUUUUCCUCACUGAUAACAGAUAUGCCCGACAAUUCAUGAUUGCUGGUGUCGCGCUGGCAGUCUACACUGUUCUCGCAAUUGGCCUCGGCCUGACAAUGUACUUCCGCUACAAGGGUGGACCUGUUAAGCAGGAAGAUGAAGAGGACCAAUCAUCGGAGAGCACAGUUUCUGACAAAGACUCCGACCAACACGUCGUGCAUUUUUAA